CUGGUUGUAGCUGUCAAGCGCUCACUCAGGCUACGGUUUGGAUAGCUACCGAUGCCCCCAGUCGCCGCCCUGCAUCGCCCCGAGCGACUUUUAUCCAGCCACGAAGCACCAAGUCCUGGCCGAUGGCGUUCAGGAGGGCUCUGAAACGGACGGCCCUUGUAGGUGGCGGGGCAGUCGCCACGGCGUUUGGCCUGUCACAGCUGAUCGAGUACAGAAAGACACAGGCUCGGUUGGCCCAAGUGGCGGCAGAAGCAGAGCUGAAGGUUCCCUUCGUCGAUGAGCUCCCCUCUCGGCAGGCCCAGCUCGCAGCGCUGACAAACACAGAGGAGUUCGACGUUCUGGUUGUCGGAGGAGGGGCCACGGGGGCAGGAUGUGCCUUAGACGCUGUCACACGCAACCUUAAGACUGCUCUCGUCGAGAGAAGCGACUUCUCUUCUGGCACGAGCAGCCGAAGCACCAAGCUCAUCCACGGUGGAGUCCGCUAUCUGCAGAAGGCCAUCAUGAAGCUGGACUAUGAGCAGUACAUGAUGGUGAAAGAGGCCCUCCAUGAGCGAGCCAACCUGCUGGAGAUUGCACCUCACCUGUCUGCGCCGUUACCCAUCAUGCUUCCUGUUUACAAAUGGUGGCAGUUGCCUUACUACUGGGCAGGGAUCAAGAUGUACGACCUGGUGGCGGGGAUCCAGUGCCUGAAGAGCAGCUACGUCCUCAGCAAGAUGAAGGCCUUGGAGCUCUUCCCCAUGCUGAAGAAGGACAAGUUGGUGGGGGCCAUCGUGUACUACGACGGUCAGCACAAUGAUGCCCGUAUGAACCUGGCCAUCGCCCUCAGUGCCGCCCGCUACGGCGCCGCCAUCGCAAACUACACCGAGGUGAUUCACCUGCUGAAGAAAAAGGACCCACAGAGCGGCAGAGAGAAGGUGUGCGGUGCCCGCUGCAGGGACGUCAUCACAGGGCAGGAAUUUGACGUGAGGGCCAAGUGUGUGAUCAACGCCACCGGGCCGUUCACAGACGCUCUGAGGAAGAUGGACAACCAGGAGGCCUCGAACAUCUGCCAGCCCAGUGCUGGAGUUCACAUCGUCAUCCCCGGAUACUACAGUCCUGACAACAUGGGUCUCCUCGAUCCAGCCACCAGCGAUGGUCGUGUCAUCUUCUUCCUGCCGUGGGAGAACAUGACCAUCGCCGGAACGACCGACACCCCCACUAGCGUGACAGCCCACCCAAUCCCAGGGGAGGACGACAUCAACUUCAUCCUGAGGGAGGUCCGCAAUUAUCUCAGCCCUGAUGUAGAAGUGCGUCGAGGAGACGUGUUGGCAGCAUGGAGCGGCAUACGUCCCCUAGUGACCGACCCCAGCUCCAAAGACACCCAGUCCAUCUGCAGGAACCACAUCGUCAGCAUCAGUGACAGCGGACUGGUCACAAUCGCUGGUGGGAAAUGGACCACCUACAGAUCUAUGGCUGAAGAGACCCUGGACGCAACAAUUAAAGCCCACAGCCUCUCAGCUGACUCCUGCAAGACUGUUGGUCUGAUGCUGGAGGGAGCCAAGGGGUGGACGCCGACCCUUUACAUCCGCCUAGUGCAAGAUUACGGCCUGGAGAAAGAGGUCGCUCAACACCUGGCCUCCACGUAUGGGGGAAGGGCAUUCGACGUUGCCAAAAUGGCUCAGGUCACCGGGCAGAGAUGGCCGAUCGUCGGGAAAAGAUUGGUGUCUGAAUUCCCGUACAUCGAGAGCGAGGUGCUAUAUGCGAUUAAGGAGUACGCCUGCACCGCCAUUGAUGUCAUCGCCCGGCGAACUCGCCUGGGCUUCCUGAAUGUACAGGCGGCUGACGAGGCGCUCCCACGUAUCGUCCAGAUCAUGGGCAAAGAACUGGACUGGAGUCAGGAGAAGAGGACGGAGGAACUCGAGGCAGCGAGGAAGUUCCUGUACCAUGAGAUGGGCUACAGGUCUCGCUCUGAGCAAAUAACCAAGACGUCUGAGAUCAACCUGGACAACCAUGAAGUAGCCAGGUACAAGAAGCGUUUCCAUAAGUUUGACAAAGAGAGCAAAGGAUUCAUCACCACUGUUGACGUCCAGCGAGUUUUACAGAGCAUCAGUGUGCACAUUGAUGAAAACGCGCUCCAUGAAAUCCUUAAUGAGGUGGACCUCAACAAGAACGGACAAGUCGAAAUUGAUGAAUUCCUGCAGCUGAUGAGCGCCGUGAAGAAGGGACACGUGUCGGACAGCCGCCUGGCCAUUCUGAUGAAAACUGCAGAGGAGACUCUGGAUCAGAGGGAACCGGUGUCGGUGGACCGAAGCGGGGGCGGAGUCUGAGUCGGAAGCCAAAAAACCCCCCAUAAAAAACAACCUUUAAAGGUGGUGAUGACACAAAAAAAAGAUGCAAAUAGAGGUAUUUGAAUGACAAUAUUGCAAUCAAGCAUGCAGCCGGAUGAAUUUGGCCAAAUCAAGCACUCCUGUGUGUUUUGGGUGAAACAGUAUCUAAUGAUUGAGGCUGAGAUGUGUCUGUUUAUUUCAUCUGUUAUGUCCAAAGUCUUAACAUCUGGUGCCUCAGACCACACACACAAUGUUUUAUACUGUCUUUUUAUGCAGCACUUUUAAUACUUUGACGUUCUCUUUGUCCAGCACUCCUUGAUUGACGCUGAUUAUUGUGUAAAUACCAUCUUCAGGUGGCUUUGCUUUACGCUACACAAUUUACAGAUAAAUGUGAAGUUUCCUAGAAAAAGAAGAAAAAAAGCAAUUUGGUUCCAAGUAUUUGGUUCCAAGAAAACAGAGCGCUUCAUUUACGUUUCUCAGAAAUAAUCAUCCUCUUCAAGUUUUAUUAAUAAGUGAAAAAAGAUUUUAGCAGCUGCUUGAGGAAGAUGCUUUCACCUUUUACCUUCUAGCUGUUGUUUAGUCAUCGUACGUUAGCUGUAUCAGUCAACUCGUAUAUGACUAAAUGGUCGACAGGAUGCGGGCAGCAGAAUAAAAAGAAAAGAGAACUUUAAUGUGCCACUUCAGCCAGAAAAGGCGAAUAUGCGAGGCUGAAGAUGAAGAAAGCGGGUAUUUGGUAAUUGUAGUGGCAAUUUAAACCAGUUUUGCUACCGAGGCGCUGCCAGAGACGUUUAAUUGGUGAGGUCUUGAUUGUCCGUUUCUAAAGUUAUAGUUCAGCUGGGGCAAAGUGUCCACAUGAAUCAAAUACAAUCAAACAAAAUCCAUUUGUGUAUCCAAUAUAUAUCCAUUAAAAGUAGAGGGGGAAGAAUCGAUACAUUGUAGUAUCACGGCAUUUUGUGUGCUGAUAUUGUAUCGAUACAGGGAGACCAAACAUCUGUCCUACGGAAAUAUUUAUAGCAGAUUUUAGUGACAACUUUAUCUUAUUGUUCAAAGCAUACUGAUAUUGACAGAUAUUGAGGACAUAAUUAGUGAUAGUUUGUCACUGCUGUAAUUAAUUUAGUUUUAUUUAUUAGUUUUAAUUUAGUUUUACAUAGCGCAAAAUCACAAGAACGGUAUUUUAUACUGUAAACACUCUAUAAUCCAUCUAAUAAUCCAGUCACCAAUCAAACGACCCCCUAUGAGCAAGCACUUGGUGACAGUGGAAAGGAAAAACUCCCUUUCUAACAUGAAAAAAAACCUUGGCUAGCUUGGCUUAGCUUAGCAUCAACUCUUGAAAAGGUGGAAAAGGCUAGUUUCUGUACUUCCAAAGCUCCUUGUUUAUUCUGGAGAUUUUUAUUUGCGCAAAACUCCAAGUUAAAGAUGUAGACUUGACUUUUUUCACAUGGAUGAACUGUUUUAGGCAGGAGAAUUUUUUAAAUUUAUUUUAUAACUGUCGCCAUCAAAUAAGGACAAAAGUCACCUCCAGCUUUUUGUAAAACUGGGCCUUUUAGCAUAAGAGCCUUUAACAUAAUGUAGUGUUUAAAUGGAGGCACUCUUUUUUUAAAAAGCCAGUUUUUAUUUUAAUUAGCACCAAAUUUCCUUUUUAAAAAAAACAAUUUUUCUUCAAGGAAACUUCCUGGUAGGAAAUGUUGGACCUUUAGACAAAACCUCAGUGAUGGUUUCUGCGUGUCCUCUCUGAUCUGAGCACGUUAAAAGCACAAGUCAGGUGACGUUAAGCAUAUUUAAAGUAUUUCUUCAGCCAGGUUUUUGGGUUUUUUUCCUCUCAGAUGAGUUAUUUUUAGGCUCAUCUGGGAUCUGCUGUGUUUUCCAUCUAUUGCACUACUUCCACUACUGAGGUUUACAUGACGAGGUUUCCAUCUUCAGCACAACUGUUUGAGGAAGCUGUCACUCUGAUCUCCUCGUGUAUAUUUUUUAUAAUUAUUUAUUCUUUUUUUUUUUUAUCCGUGUCGUUCUGCUCUUUCAGAGAUUAAACAGGAAAUUAUAAAAACAGGAUUUCAAAGGAACUAUGAGUUAUUUUUACUGGCUAUAAGAUUGAAGUUUGUUUUGUUUCUGUGCUUGAGGUCGAGAGCAAAGACCUGAAUUAACGCUGUAUUAACGCACAUCCACCAAACUGUUGUGUAAUCCUGCAUGUAAGCUGAUGAUUUUUUUAAUCAUGUAUCUGACAGAAAUGAGAUGUUUUUAAGUGUGGCAUGCUUCGUGUGCAGACUUUGUCUGAGUGCAGUCGAAAGACAGUUCACUGUAUGAAUGUAUGAUGUGCCUUGUUCUGCCUAUAAUAUGACACUCAGUCUUCUUUUUCACAAAGCUACAUGAGUUAAACAUUAACAGGAAAACAUGUUGAGAAUGUAAAGACAUUUAUAAAACAUUUA